AUGAAGCUUUUCGUCAGCCCUCUUCUGGCACUCAGCUGCCUCAUUGGCAACGCUAUAGCAGCAUGGCCCAAUGGACCUUUCAAGACCCAGGGUCGCUGGAUCGUCAACGCCAAUGGUGAGAAGAUUAGCCUUGCUGGAGCUAACUGGCCCGGCCACGGCGAAGUCAUGGUACCUGAAGGUCUGCAGUACCAAUCCAUCAAGGGUGUUCUCUCCGAUAUCAAGAGCAUUGGCAUGAACGCUAUUCGUCUCACCUUCGCCACAGAACUUGUUGAUCAGAUCUACGCCAACAACGGUAAAGACGUUGAUCUCAAGACUGCCUUCGAGGAAGGUCUUGGAAAGGAGAAUGGCACCAUCAUUCUUCAGAAGGUGUUGAAGAACAACCCCACUUUCACAGCUCAGACAACACGUCUUGAGGUCUACGACGCCAUUGCUGCUGAGUGUCUGCGUCAACAGAUCUAUAUUGACCUUGACAACCAUAUUUCCGAAGCGAAGUGGUGCUGCGGCGGUACAGAUGGCAACACCUGGUGGGGAGAUACCCAGUUCAAUGUCGACAAUUGGGUUCGAGGUGGCAAAUACAUGGCUGCUCACAGCAAGAAGUGGCCCGCCAAGAUCACACAGUCACUGCGCAACGAGCCCCGUGAGCCUACAAACAACAACGCUCUCCGUGACAAGUCAUACAACUGGAGUGAUCUCUACAAGUACAUGCGCCAAGGUGCUGACGCAGUCCACGAGGCCGAUCCAAAUGCAGUUAUCGUCAUCUCCGGCAUGAACUACGACACCUAUGUUACUCCUCUCUACUCCGGUGAGAAGCUCCAGCCAGGAGGUGAAGUCUUCAACCGAGAUGACUUUGUCGGAUACGGCAAGGAUAAGCUCGUUCUUGAGAUUCACAACUACGAGAACAGUGGAACCAGCUGCUCUUCUCUUCGCUACAACCUCUACAACAAGGGCUUCCAGGCCAUGAACGAGAGCGAUCCCAACGUUGCUGAGGUCUUCCCCGUUAUGCUGACUGAGUUUGGCCAAGCUAUGAAUGGUGCUGAUUACAAUACCGCCAACACUUAUGUGAGCUGCUUGUCGCAGUAUUUGCCCGAGGUCAAGGCUAGUUGGUUCAUCUGGGUUAUUGUUGGUCGCUACUAUACUCGUCAGGGCAUCCAGGAGUUCGAUGAUUCUUGGGGCUUGAAGAAGGCUGAUUGGUCGGGCUGGAAGAACGAUGACUACAUCGCGAAGUAUCUCAAGCCCCAGAUUGCAGGUACGCUGAAGAAGUAG